UGUUGUUACAUGUGCCGGCAGAAGUUUCAGCGAUUAGUUGGUGUAUCGCGCAUAGGAAAGAAGACCUUGGAAAGUAGUCAUGGUAGAAUGAGGGCGGGCAUGUUAUUACCCGUCUCGAAUGGCCCGUACGAAAACAGACAGGAAAAAUUGCUAAUUCGCGAACAAAAAAAGCAAUGACAUGAAUCUUUAACCAGAAAACCAGUUUAUGUUCCUGGCACUAAUCAUUUUUAACAUCAUUUCGUUAUUAAUACUGAACUUUAUUCUUAUUGAAUCAACCUUUCUCUUUCACUUUUUUUGUGUGUGGCAAAGAUCAUUGCCAAAAAUAUGAUACCCAAGGCUGAAAAGGAAAAAAAAAAGGAGAGACUUUGCGCGCCCCCUGGAGGCUUGCUGGUAAAGAUGUUUAGUAAUUUAUUGUUGUGUCCUCUUUCACCUUGGAAGAAAAACCAAGUGGGAUUCCCCUUUUCCCUCCGCCAUCACCAACUAUGUGCACGUAAUGCUCUUUGUAUAGAGCGCAGCGUCGUAUUUUAGGACCAGCACGUAUACUCAGGUGAGUGUAGGAUGGCCAAAAUUGGCGACCGUGGCCAGAUUGAACCUCAGUCGCCCGUUGGUGUCGCUGCCAGACAGUGAGUAUUUGCGGAAUCAACAUGGAGGAAAAUGGUGAAAAGGGGAUCGCUGAAGAAUCCGAAAUCAAGAAAAAGGGAAAAGCUUUGCUGAUUUACGAUUUAAAACAGCGCAAGUUGAUUCCUACCAAAAUCCUGUUCUUUGUCGUCUUAUCCAGUAUAGGAGUUUUGUUGCCGUACAUGACCAUCCACAUGAAAUCACUGGGCAUCAGCGUCGAGGAAACCGCCCUCAUUUAUGGCAUCUUUCCCCUAUUCGCCAUUUUGGCACCGUACACUAUGGGAAUCAUAGCCGAUAAGUUGGGAAACUUUAAGGUGUUACUUUGCGUCACGAUGCUGAUGGCCAUGGCCAACGCUCUUUUGUUCCUCGUCAUUCCAACUGGCAGAUUUAUUGAAAAAUAUCCAGUUAAUUUAACAAUGGCAGUUGGAUGCGGUGAAGACGGCCGUUUGGUGCUCACAGAUCUCGAUUCGAAAACAUGUGGGUUCCGGAAUACCGUAGACGGUAAUUUAUCCUUGGCAGUGACCGAGUGCGGUUACAUUUGCUACGAUGAAAUCCAUCAGAAAAGUCAGUUAAAACAAGAAGAGGAACAAACAUCCUCACUUCCAGCUGAUUGGCCGUCAGCUGAUCAACCUUUUAAGAAAUUCAGACACGGGAUGUUCUUCCAGGAUAAUUGGGGACUCGAAAUUUCGUGUUCUGGAAUUUCACCGUCUCUCGCCAAGACAAACUGCAGCCUCAACCGGAACGAAUCUCCUCGGAUCAAUGCCACAUUCAAGCACGUGACAAUCCGCUUAAAUAACGACAACGGUGAUUUCCCGAUUGAGCGGACGCUUUUCAACGGAGUCUUUCCGUUAAGCGAUGGACUCGAGUGCAGCAACAGUUAUGAUCAACCGAUUAAAUUAGUUCAGCCGUUGGUAUUCACUUUAAACGGGACUCUGAAGCUUGGAGACGAUGGUGUACUGUCGCCCUGGAAUUCGCCGGGAGAAAAUUCGAAUCAGGAUCGGGUGGUUUAUCGGACGUGUAGAUCCCAGUGCGUGGUUCAAACGAACCGCAAGAAUCUUUGCAGUGACGUUGCAAAUGUUAUCGUUUAUGAUCCGCAGUUGACGUUUUGGUUGUACCUGUUAUUGCGACUGUUUUUCGCCGUGCUCUUGGGCGGAUACAUGGUCCUUUUUGAAGGCGCAUGUUUGGCCGUCGUCAUCCAGUACAAGGGCGACUUGGGACUACAGCGGAUGUUUGGCAUUUUAGGAACCAUGAUCUUCUGCCCCGUCUCUGGAGCUUUAAUUGAUUAUUUUAGUAUCAAUCAGGACAUCCCUGAUUACAGGCCUGCCUUUUACCUGUACGCCAUUUUAGUGGGAUCAGCCGCGUUGGGCGUACUGACGGUCGAUUUGGAUUUCCGACCACCUGCCAAAGAAUUAUUAAAAGAUAUCAAGUCGAUUUUGAAAAAUCUCGAGCUCGUCGUUUUCUUCAUCGUCAUCUUCACUUCUGGUCUAUUUUGGGGCUACAUUGAGAGUUAUCUCUUUUGGUUCCUCGAAGAAAUGGGCGGCACAAAGUCCUUGAUGGGUUUAACGGUCACCGUUUCUUCCUUAUUCGGUAUACCUGCCCUCAUCUUCUCUGACGUCAUCUUCAGAAAAAUUGGCCAUCCCAAUGUGCAGAUUAUUGGUUUUGCUUUCUACGUCAUUCGCUUAAUAGGUUAUUCGUACAUUUACAAUCCGUACAUGUGUCUCAUAUACGAAGCCCUAGAGGCAAUCACGACGUCGUUGAUGAUGACGUCAGCCGUGGCCUAUUCUGCGGAAUUGAGCACUACCACUACACUAGCUACUAUACAAGGAAUGGUUGGUGGAACGUACUAUGGAAUUGGUAGAGGACUUGGCAGUCUUGUGGGCGGAUUUCUCAUGAAAUAUUACGGCACUCGAGCAACGUUUCGCAUUCUGGGCGUGGGAGCUCUCUUUGUCGGUGUAUUGUACUUUUUCUUUAACGUUUUCUACAUUCGCCGUCGACAUUUGAAUAGAGAGAAAAUUGAAAAGAAAAUGCCAGACGAGCCCGACAUUGUAGGCAAAUGUGGAGUCGACCACGGAUUGAACAAUCCAGUUUUCAUACCAGACGAUGACGUUCCGAAAUCGUCUAUUACGAAAAAAAAGGGCAAGUCCAUUGAUUGAGCCAGACACGACAUCAUUUCUGACAUGUGGAAUGUCUAUUUGCAAGUAUUCUCUUUUCAUGGCCAAACUAAAAUGUUUUCAUGUUAUUUUUUGAAUAGUUUUCCGGCCACAUGAUAAUUUCCGCAAACGUUUUUUUUUGUUAUAUUACGGAUUUAUACACAGCCAGUAUUUGUAUUA